UGUAAAUACUGUGUCAACAAUCUGGCCGAGGCUUAGUCUACAACUGGCAGCUUAGAAUUAAGCACGCUCAAAACUUUGUAAUUAUUUCAUACGCGGAGGAGCAAUUUUAUAUUAUAAUUCCUUGAAUCAUAGUUUUGGAAAAAACAACAACAAAAGAAUGUUUAAGACACGCUCUACGAAAUUGUGCGCCUUUGUGUUGCUUAUUGUCUGCAGCCUGGCAGUGCUGUGCGCUGCGCAACUGGGCAAUAAUACUCCUAAAUCCUGCCCACCACAUGAGACCUGCACGCCCUGCGGUCCAUCCUGUCAAACUAUAUGCGCGACACUAAACGAACCGUGUUUAAUUAAUUAUAUUCGUUGCCCGGAUGGUUGUUAUUGCGACAAGGGAUAUGCUCGCGAUGCUAACGGUGCUUGUAUACCACAAGAGCAAUGUCCGCCCAAGCAAUAAGAAGUUUAUGGCAACUUAUGAAACGGAUUUGAAUAAAUAAACCGAUUUAAAACAAAAAAUAAUUA